GUUACAUAAAAUUGACUCUUAUUGCUUUUAAACACAAAUAUAGGCCACAAUUAUUAGUUUGUAGCUAAGCAAGCUAAAAAACGCAAAAGUUUACAAAACCACUUCAAAUUUAAUUUUGUGUGAAUAAUGGUUGAACUGCAAGCAGGAACAUCGCCGUUUAAGACGGAAAGCAAUUUUGAUAGUAACCUUAAAAUCUGGAGUGGUGGCGAAAAGCGAAGUUUGUUUUCUGCCGACCUAUCCAUCGGAGAGAUUAUCUUCCGGCAAAUGGAGAGCCAUCCAAAGCACAUUGCACAGAUUUCGGUGACGGAGGACACUGUGCUGACCUGGGAAGAGCUGCACAUGAACGCCAAGCGAGUGGCAGUUUAUUUGCGAAACUUGGGACUGGAGCAAGGCGACUUUGUAGGUGUCAUUGGCAGGCUCACCACUCACAUGACGGCUGUGGCAUAUGCCUGUUUCUUCAAUGGAACCCCGUACCAUGCACUGCACACUGAAUUCGGGGAGUCUGAAAUUAAGAGGCUGUUCGAAAUUAGCAGACCAAAACUCAUCUUCUGCGAUGGAGAUGAGUUUGAAAAGGUUCGAGCAGCCACCGAAGACCUCCGGGUACAAAUAAUUACCAUGCGCAAUCAUCCGGAGGGAUCGCUUCGGAUCCAGGAUAUUUUGAGAACUCCCGUGGGGCAGAACUUUCAGCCAGUUCGAUUGAAAGAGGGCUCUGAACAAACCCUGGCCCUUCUAAGUUCUUCCGGCACCUCGGGACCUCCAAAGGCAGUCACGAUCAGCAAUAGUCACCAGAUUAUUGCAAGCUUUUUCCCCAUCAACAGCUCACUUGUUGCCUAUAAUCGAAACACACUGGACUGGGCCUCGGGGAUUACGAUGACCAUCAAUGCUGCAGUGUUCAGUAUAACGAACAUUAUUGAGGACAGCGUGUUCAAUCCCGGCUCCUUGUGUCGCCUAAUUGAGAAGUACAAAGUCUCGUUCGUGUUUGUAAAUUCUCCCCAACUGACCAUGUUAGCCAACUGCCCGGAAAUUGAAUCGGCUGACCUGUCUUCUCUAAAAUACUUAACUUACGGUGGCUCAAAUUGUUCCCUCGAAGUUCAGAAUCAAGUACGCAAGCGGCUAGGCCGCGAUUGUCUUAGUUUUAGCUACACGCUGACUGAGUUAAACAGCCCCGGUUGUGUUAGCUUCAACUUUGACGAGAAGCCCAACUCAGUUGGACGCCCGGUAAGGGGCAUCCAGUUGAAAAUAAUCGACAAACAGGGCGUGGCUCAAGGACCCAACAGCUUGGGUGAAAUCUGCUUUUAUAAUGGCCAAAAAUGGUGUGGCUACUACAAGAACCCAGAGGAAACUAAGAGAAUGCAGGACUCGCAGAACUGGUUUCACACCGGCGACCUGGGCUACAUGGACGAGGACGGAUAUCUGUUCAUCAUUGAUCGCCUAAAGGAUAUCCUUAAGUACCAGGACAUCAUUUACUAUCCCAGUGAGAUCGAAAAUGUCAUUGCCGAAAUGCCAAACGUGGUCGAGUCCUGUGUUUUUGGCCUAUGGGACCCAGUAAAUGGCGAUGAGGCAGCAGCCUCCGUGGUGAAGAAACCGGGCACCCAACUGGAGGCCCACGAGAUUGUUGACUACGUGAAGAAACGGAUCACCGCCAAGUUCAAACAGCUGAACGGAGGCGCUUUGAUCGUAGAUCAAAUUUUUCGCAGUGUAAAUGGAAAAACAAACAGAGAAGCCACAAAAGCUGAGUUUAUAAAAAUCAUGAAGAAAAGCACGAUUUAACAAGAAAAAAAGCAAAUU